AUGUCGGCGGCGUCGCUGGCCGAGGCUGCGGCGGCAGGCGAGGAGGCCGGGCGGACUAUCGCCGAGCUGGAGAAGCAGCUGGCGGCGGCGGAGGCGGCGGCGACAGAGGCGGCCGCCUUUAAGACCGUCGCCGGCGAGAAGCUCGGCGCUGCUGAGGCUGAGAAGCGGGCGUUGGAGGACGAGGUGGCCAAGGCGGUGCUGGCAGCAGAGGUGGCGGCGCGCGAGGCCGCCGAUGCCAAGGCCACCAUCAGUCGCCUGCAGAACAAGGUCGCUCGCGUGUCACAGGCCCGUGAAGACGUGUCGCUGGUCGACGGCUCGGCGUCAGGCGUCGUCGUCACCGAGGAGAACGAUCCAGCUGCCGCCGGCCUACCGUCCUCGGCGCCCGAGGACGAUAUGGUCGCGGCCCUCGACGCGGCCAACGGACGUAUCGCCGAGCUUGAGGCUGCCAACAGCGAUCUUUCGUCAGCGCUUGCGUUGGCCAUGGCUGAUCUCGAGGUGGCCAACGCCCGGGCCCUAGCGCUUGGCCGCGAGCUGCAGGACGCCGAUGCCCGUGCCGAUGCUGCAGAGCGAACAGCGGCAGCGGAUGCGCUUGGUGCAGCUGAUGCAGUGCUUGCCACCCUCCCACCGCUUGACGUCAGCCGGGAGGCGGAUGCGACUUGCCUCUCGUCGUUUGUGCCGCCGCCGUCGGCCGGCAGCGCGCCGGGGACACCGCUGCGAGUGGCCGAGCUGGCGGCCGGCGGCGAAUCGUCGGCCGGUAGCAGCCGAGUUGGGACGCCUGGCUCGCCAAACCUUGUGCUUGACGCGCUGUCCUCGGCCGGCGUCACAUCGGCGGCGCUCAAGUCGCAGCUCAAAGGCAAACCACUCGCCGACGAAGUCCGCGACCUCAAACGGCAGAUCAAGCAGCAGACCGACUAUGUGCAGCGGCUGCAUACCUCGCUCGAUGCAGCUCUCGCCGACGCUGAGCGGUCCAAAGCCGAGCUGGAGACGAAGCGGGCCCAAGUUGAUGCGCUCGAGGCCCAGGUGAGCACGCUUAAGCAACAGGCUGCCGACACGCGCGCAACAGCGGAGACACUCGAGGCAACAGCGACAAGCGUACAAGCCGCAGCGGUGGAGGCUAUUGAUGCGCGGAUGUCAUCUGUGACCUCCACGCGGGUGCUCGAGCUCGAAGCCGAGGCCGCGCGGCUGCGUAACGAGCUCAUCGAGCGCACCGAGGAGCGAGCGGCGCUCAAACGAGCGCUCGCGGAGAGUGAUGAGCAGGUACGAAGCGCAGUGGCGCUCCAGACUGAGCUCCACGAGGUCAAGGGCCGAUACAUGCGGCUGCAGCUUGAGAUUGAGGCGCGCGGAUCGGCGAUUCCGGCUGCGGUGUGGGAAGAUCGGCUUAUGCAGGAGCGGGUGCGGGCCAAGGAGGCGACGCUCGAGCGCGAGGCGCUCGCUGGUGCGCUGCAGCGGGCCGAGGCACAGGCGCGCGAAGCUGAAGCGCGGGCAAAAAACCUUGAUGCCGAGCUUGCGGGCCUUCGCGACAAGUACGAGACAGUUGUGCGACUCGGUCCGGACUCGUCAACCAUCCACGCGCUCCGAGCGCAGCUGCACGCGGCGUUGGACGACCGCGACGCGGCGCGGCGCGAGGCCGAGGCUGCGCGGCAUGAGGGUGCGGCAGCGACUCACGCCUCGCUCGCCACCUCGCAUCGAACGCUCUCGGCGCUAGAAGACGAGCUCGGGCGGCUGCGCUCUGUCUUUGCCACCGAGGCAAACGAGCUCCACGUCCAACUCUCUGUGGAGCGGUCAUCGAACGCAGCCCUCACGUCGCGCAUCGAGAGCCUACAGAUCCACAACGAGCAGCUGACUGCGCAGCUUGCGGCUGCACAGCGCGAUGCAGCCCGGGCCUCACGCCUCGCUGCCCAGCUCGACACUGCCCAACGUCAGCUGGACGCGCGCGACGCCACCAUCUCGCAGCUCGACAUCGAGAAGGCCGCACUCGAGAAGGCGCUGCGCUCGGGCAGCACGGCAUCUGCGCCCUCGCCAUCACCUCGUCCCGAAUAUCGCUAUUCGCAGGGAGGCACGUCGUACGGCGGCGGGUAUGGAUACGGCGGAUACGGAGGGGGAUACGGCGGCGGGUACGCUGGCGGCGGUAGCACAGCAGGCUACGGCGGCGGGCCGUCAUGGCGGCGGCGAGCCGGCGAUGACGACAUCUCGCACCUGCUGUGA